UUACCUCAAAAGCUUUUAGAUAUGAGUGAAAACUGCCCAACAUAUACAGAACUAAAGCAUCUUCCUGCCGUGAGGAAGAUGCCAAAGAAUAGGUCUUCAGUUCCAUUUGCCUGGCGUCUCACUGUAGUGAUUCUUGGUGUCUCCUGUUUCUGCCUCCUUUUAACAACUGGAGUCUUGGGAUACAUGGUUUUCCAGGUUUGUCCGGCUGCCCAAUCACAGGAGGCUCCUUUGAAAAAUGUAACAACAGUUCCCAAUUCCAUACUGGAAAACAUGGCUUUCACAGAGAUACCAUACACCCCAGGAAGUGAGUGCAUCACAUGUAAACAUAAGUGGUCGUGUUGUGGAGAGGACUGCUAUUAUUUUUCAUGUGAUCUGAAGGACUUUCAAGAAAGCAGGAAAUUCUGCAACCAAAUGAACUCUACACUUCUUAAGAUAGAAGAUGAAAAAGAGCUGAACUUCAUCCAAAACCAAGUAUCUUCUCUCUGGUGGACUGGAUUGUCCCGUAAAGGAGCGAGCAGUUCCUGGACAUGGGAGGAUAACUCAACGCCCCUUCCCAAACUUUUCACUGAUUGGGAUGAGUCAAAACAUGGAAACUGUGGCAUUAUAAGAGGAACAAGCAUGGCCGUUUCUGAUUGUUUCCGACACAUGCACUUUAUCUGUGAGAAGAAAAUUACUUGUCUUGCUAUCUCAGAUGAAAACAACAUCAACAACGGAAGACAGAUACAAUGAUGUUUCCUUACGAAAAUUCAGACCCAGGUGGCACCUGUGGGUCAAAGGAGUAGGGCGCCAGCCCCAUAUGCCAGAGGUGGCAGGUUCAAACCCAGCCCUGGCCAAAAACUACAAACAAAAAAAGAAACUCAGACCCUUUGAAGUUCUAGAGUCUUCAUUCACAAUCAUGUACAUGUUGGCCAGUCAUUAAUGAAAUAGUAAGUGGUAAUUAAAGGCAUCAUUCUUACAAAAUUUUGUAUACAUUUCUAUUUUAUAUCUUACCUUUUUUGUGAGAGCUGCACCACACCUAAUAACCAUGUCUUUGCUGGUAAGUCAAAAUGUCCAGAGUCUUAGUUUCCCAAACAGUAAAUGAACUUUCAAACUGUUUUCCAGAGGAACCCAUACCAUUUUGCAUUCCCGCCAACAGUAUAUGAA